CUUUCAUGCUUUCGGUUUCAUUUCAGGCUGCACGUAGGCUAUCAAAAACGCUUAAUCAGUGGGUCCAGGAGGACAGAAAAACGAAACACCAUCGUAUGAAGAUUCUACAUCCCUGUUGAAUCUGCAAGUCAAGUGAAAUGGCUGAGGCAGCACUUCAUGAUCUUUAUCAGUGUCCAGUGUGUCUAGAUAUACUGAAGGACCCGGUCACUAUACCAUGUGGACACAGUUAUUGUCAUAACUGCAUAAGUGGCUGCUGGAAUCAGACAGCUCAGACAGGUGUGUACAGCUGUCCUCAGUGUAGAGAGACGUUCAGCCCAAGACCUGCUCUGAAGAAAAGUACUGUCUUGGCUGAGCUGAUAGCCCAGAUGAAGAUGGCUGAGGGUGCUUCUGCUGGACUGUCCUAUGCUGAACCAGGAGACGUGGAGUGUGAUUUCUGUGCAGAGAUAAAGCUCAAGGCCGUGAAAUCCUGUCUAGUAUGUCUAGCAUCUUUCUGUGAGACCCAUGUCCAACCUCACUACAAAGCACCUGCCUUCAAAAGGCAUGACCUCAUUGAGGCAACUGUGAACCUCCAAGAGAAGAUCUGCCCUAAUCAUGGCCGUCUACUCGAGAUGUUUUGCCGCACAGAUCAGGUGUGCAUCUGUAUGUUGUGUGCUGCAAAUGACCACAACGGCCAUGACAUGGUCUCAACAACUGCAGAAGUUACUGCAAAAAAGGUGAUGCAGCUUACAUUUAACCCAAAACUUUGGGUUUGAAUUCGCAAGUUC